UCUCAGGGACAGAAAAAAUGCACGAAUGCUUGCAAGGCCUUAAUCUUGGGGGGUUUGCUGGAGGCUAGUGAGAGAGGAUUUCCACACCAGCCAAGAUCAUGAACAGCAAACGACGCGACGCUCAGAGGCUCCUCUCCACAGAUCGCCCCGCUCAGAGCAGCAAGAGGAGCCGCCUGCCUUCAGCCUCCUGCUCGACCCGGCUCAAGGAUCUGUCCGGUGCUGAAAGCUGCGGCCACCUCAGCCCCUCUCUGCCCACUUGGAUGCGCUUGUAUUUCUACGGGAUGCACGGCAUCACCUUGGACGUCCUCCUGUCCUCGAUCCAACGCUUUGUCCAGACCAGCGACCUAAAGAUGCUGGGCUUCUCCUCGCCCUACCUCGGCGUCGUUCAUUCUCUCUCUCACUUCGCCCUGGAGAAGCUCUACCUGCAGAAGAGGAACUUCCAAGGCCGCCCCCUGGUUUUCCACCUGCUGCUCUACCCCUCGGUGUAUGUGAGCCUGCAGACCCUGGUGCAGACGGUGGGCUUAGUCUCGGAGUCGGGCUCCCCCCUGCUCACCGUGCUCCUGCAUUACCUCCUCGCCCUGUACGACUCGCAGCUCUUCCUCAAACGCUUCCUCCGGCUCCAGUGUGACUGCAGCCAGCCGGGCGGCCGGGCUACACUGCCCCAGCGCCUCACCCCCCCGCAAGGGCUCCCCGACUCCUUGCGCUUCGUCUUCUACGGCAUGCACGGCUUCCUGGACGAGAUCUUCUUCACCUCGAUGUUCAAUCUGGUGGAAAAGUCUGACCGCACUCUGCUGGGACAUACCUCGCUCUGGUCCUUCUUCAUGUACGGCAGCUGCAGCUUCGUGGUGGAGAAGCUGUAUUUUUACCUUCACUACCGAUGGGGUUGGAACACUUGGCAGAGGCUGCCCGUUUAUGUUCUUUUCAUCUACACUUGGGAGCUCACUUGGGGACUGGGGCUCCGGCACUACGACGCCUGCUCCUGGGAUUACUCUCAUUACCCUCUUAAUUUCAUGGGCCUCAUUACCUUAAUGUACUUGCCAGGAUGGAUCCUGCUCAGCUACUACCAGGAUGUGUUGUCUAACGUGUUACUACGUGUGCAUUAUGCCAAGAGCAAAAACUGCAAGAUAAUCUGUACUAAUGGGAAAAGCAGGACAACCUGACUCAAUACCAAGCUCAUUUUAAUAUAUCUGAAACGGAGGUUUCAGUAACCGUGGGGAGAAUUUUUAAUGAUACCAUACAGAGCUACGGCUGUAUGUUUUAACUUUGAAUAUGACUUGUGAAGAGAGUGGUAAACAAUAACGACUAGCAAACCGGGUAGAGCCCAGUUUCUAGUGAAUUGCAUGUUUCCGUCUUUCAUUCGUAACCAUCUUCAAAUUGUAAUAACAUGAUCGCUCUAAAUCACUCAUUUUACUUUGCAAAGUAUACUGGGGCUCACUUGUGACAAGCAAGUUAAAUUCUGAAGAUCAAGAUUGUUAAAUGCCGUAAUUCUAGAAACCAUUUCUGCUCUGAAUUCUAAUGUAUUUGUAGUUUAAACAUCAGGUUAACAGAUUCACUGCUUGUGGUGGUAUUGUAAAACUCGAGCUGUGCUCAGUGGGUCAAAUUUAAAAGAGGCCCAUCAUUGGGGCCUCUGCAGAAAAAUCACUGCCAACCCAGCUGCUGCAAUUCAAACUCAGUUUGGAAAUCACUGACUCCUGAGCAUCAAGAUUAACAGCUCAUUUUUUUAAAAGAAUCAAUUUCUAUUUUUAAAAUUUACUGACCAGUAUCUAGUCAAUGAGAAAGGGCGCUGCAUGAGACUUUUCAAGAACAUUUCAUUAAUUUGGGAUGAGGCAAAGCGGAGUCCCAGCAGGGUCUAAAUGACCAGUGUAGUACAAACCUGGCAUUUGCAUCAUUACCUGAAUUUGAGAAUCCCUCAAAGUGAAUAAUGGAAUUAGUUUCCUACUAUUGUACUGUAGUGUGUGUUGUGUAUACUUCACAGUGUUUGUAGUUAAUUAGCCACCUGUAGUGGCUAAUGGAAUGGACAAUUGUUUUUCUUAACCAAUGAAAGAUCUCUGAUGAGGGCCACAUUUUCACUUUAAUAUACUGAAUGUAAUGAUUUGUAAUUCUAGUUGUAAGAGUUGUAUGUAAAAUACUUUUUUAAUGUUCAAUUGUUCUCGUUAC